CAGAGCAGCCAGCUGAAUUUGUGUCGGCUAAUUUAGUUGUCGAUGUGCUUAAACUGUAAACUUAUAAAAUAAAUACAAAUGCGUGGCCUAAUCAUUGUGCCCAUGGAUCUGGAACCUGGUUUCCGGAAAGCAGAUAUACACAGCAUACCCAUUAUUAGCAGUGGAAUGGUCUUCAACUUUUUUGCAACCGCCACUGACAAAAAGAUAUCUUCAGAAAGCAAUGAUUUGUUGGUAGACUAUGUUCACUUGCGUCGGCAGUCCGAGCUAUGUGAAAUAAAAGCUUUAGUUUUCUCUGCCACAGACUUCGCCAAUACGGAAACACAUGCCAAUGUGGCCGUUAAGGUGAUGGAAGAUUCAAAUACACUUACGGAUGGACAAUGCAGCUUGUGCGCAGGAGUUGCUGUUUGCCCACAUGUUGUGGCAUUUGUCUUCUGGCUGCACAACAAGAGCACGGAUAAAAAGCCGGCAGCUGUAGUGGAAUUUUGGGGCAAUGAGUUGGAGGCGCUUGUUCAACCGGAGCCCACAAAGGCAGUGCGCAUAAAGGACAUGGUGAUCAGCCAAGAUCUGAACUCUGAAACUGAGGAGGAUAUCCCCUGCUCUAGUGAGAGCGAGGAACAUGCAUUUAUGGAAUCUGUGCUCGAAGAGCUCGCUAUCUGCGGACGUGAUUCAGCGCUGUAUCGCCAGUGCGUGGAAACAACAGAUGAAUUCGAGUCAAUACUCAUACACCACAUAUUGUUGAAAGCAACAGAAUACAACAUUUACGAUGUGCACAGUUUUGUACAGCAUCUGGAGCUACAGGCGCAAGGUGGACUCUUCGAAAGCCUCAGCGAGGUGACCAAGAGGCAGUACAAAUCAAAACUUUGGAUAGAGGCGCAAUAUAUGCGUAUUCGCUGCUCAAUGAUGCACAUGAUUGCCACACGCAAAACCCCAGAGGAGGACGAACAGAUCUUCAAUAUGCUGUUCUGCAAGGGACGCGACGAGGACAUUGAAGACCGCGUCCAGCAGAAGCAACACAAACGUUUCAUAUUGAAACAAACCGAAAAGUUGGAAAACAAAGAGUAUCUGGAAUGCGGUUUGCUGCUACACGAAAACUAUCCUUAUUUGUGUGGUGCACCCGAUGGCAUUACGGAUGAUCAUAUUGUUGAAAUCAAAUCACCAAAGACUGAGGAGGAUUUUGAGAAGUAUCUGGAGGCUCGCGAAUCCAUUGCACCCAAAUACAUGGCGCAGAUACAAACGCAAAUGUUUCUGGCCAAUGUGAAGAAGGCGCUGUAUUGUGUGCUCAGUCCCACAUUCGAAACCAACGGAGCUCUGCACUACGUUUGGGUACAGGCCGAUCCCGAGUUUGUGGGCAGCUUGUUGGUCAUGGCCGACGAAUUUUGGAAGGAAGUUGUCUACCCACAUCUCAUCAGCAUUUAUCCACAAGCAUUAUAAGCAAUAGCAACAAAUAUAAAGCUACAACUAGCUAGCUA